AUGCCCCCUCCCAAGACCGUCAGGGAAAUGCUUCACUGGCUGGUCGGGUUGAACCAAUAUGGGUAUGUUGAGAUUAUUAAGGAGCUUGUUGAAGGCAUUUUGGCAGACAUCAACAAAGAUCUCUCACAAUCACCAGAUGCCCUCGAGGUCACUAAACAUCCCACCAAUCUGACCGCUUCCCAUGUCUCCAACACUCUGACCCAGGUGUGUCUCUACUCCGCCAACGUUCUAUACAGGCUCAAGUACAAAGACAAUUCGAAGGCUGUUUCAAUUCCCGAUUUCAGUUCAGAAUAUUCCAAGCUUCAUUACUCCGCCGACUCCGCUUGCCUCCUCUGCCAGCUGCGGGACUACGCCUACGCCUGCUGCCACCAGCUGGCGUUCCUAAGGUCGCAGUGUUCUCGGGAGCAGUCACAGGGAGGAUGGCAGGAUUGUGAUUAUGGCCGUGAUGUCAAGACUCCGUCCCCCCUGCAGGCCUUCCUGACUGACGCCCCUGACUGCAAGUUCGAGACUCAUCCCUUCGACCCGUGUGACAUCUGCCUCAAGAGCCGCGUCAAGAUGGGAUUCACAAAGGAGGAUUUGCCUACACAUCACGAAACUGGCAAGCAUAUUCUCACCAUCCUCACUCCCAGCUGCGGCGGCGAGGAUCCCCUGCUGACAUUGACCUCUUACCUCAACUGCCUCACCCAGCGGACGCCGCGCACCACCGGGGAGCUAGUGUCUUUCUUUCACCACCUCGGCAAUUCUAUCUACAAGCCUCAUCCAAACUUGUCCCAACUAGGCUCCGCCCUCUCCAGUCAGCAUGACGACUGCCCCGGCUGGGACCGUCUUGGGGAGGAAGACCUCCGAGCCAUCGAGGACGCGCGGGGUUCCGCCCCUCCCACCUCCAACCCUGACCACGACAAGGGACAUCCCAACACACUGUCCACGCUGCUUGGCUGCGGCAUCGAUAAUGCCAACUGCCCUCCACGUCUCUCGCCCAUCACCUACCGGGCCUACGCCCUGUACUCUUCCAGCUUCGCCCACGCCUACCUCAGCUGGGCGGUGUACCUACCCGACAGACUGUGGGACUCACUGAUCAAGCUUCACUGUGAUCUCGAGGACUCUCAAUGUCAUGACUCUGACUCCAAGUCCAAGUCCCUCCACCAGUGUGACAAGGCCCUACCACUCCUCUACCUGCACAGCUUCACCCCGCCGGAAGGGACACUUCAGUCGUCACUCACGUGUUCGAAGCUCGUCGCCAAGCUGGGAGAUGUGGUCAACGGACAGCCUAUCGCAAGCCUCAUGAGCUGCAUGGACACAUUCCUCUAUCGCAUCCGUGCGCCCUUCCUCUUCUGCCUCGUCACGCUCUGGCUCAUCGCCACGCUCUACAUCGCCCACUCGCUACUCUACCGCAUGGACGUGCUGCGCAUCCGCUCGCACCUCCUCACCACCAGGGCCUCCCACCUCAUCGACGUCAAGGCGCUGCUCGCCGGCAGCCGCAGGAUGCUCUCACUCUACAAGGACGUCGACUACUUCGACGAUGACUUUCACUCAUGA